UCCCCAGUCCAUGUUGACUCCUUCUGUUACCCAGUCCAUGCUCACUCCUUCGGUCUCCCAGUCCAUCCUGACUUCUCCUCUUCCCCAGGGUGGACUGACUCCUGUCCGUCAGUCCACCCUUGUCCCCCCUUCCAAACUUGGUACUUCUAUAUUCCAUUCCAUGAUGAUGACAACCACAAGCCCUCUUACUAAAACAAGCCUUGAUGUUACUCUGACUUCUGCGGGCCCUUACUUCAGGGUGCCGGAAAAGAUGGUUUCAAUAAGUUACAGAUAUAGCCCCAGUGAGAUUGAACAGAACAUCGAGAAACUUGAAACAAAGUUUGAGGACCUAACUAUUGCCGCAAUUAAAGAACUUAAUAAGCGGCGUAUUGCAGUAAAGUAUGCCGUUCUAAAACUCACUGCACUGCCUGCA